AUGUUAAUGUUAAAACAAAAUCACCAACAUCAUUUAACAAAAAACAUUUUUAACUUCGUAGUAUGUCCUGACGAGUCCUUUUACUUCCAGAGUAGUCGAGGAACGACUCCUUUCUUGUUCCGUGUUGGAGGCAGAAGGAAAACUUCACCUGCACUGACCGUAAUAACAACAGCAGCUACGACUACCGCACCAAAGACCAGCUCCAGGCCGACUAAAAUCACACGCAGAAAAUACCCACUACAAACCUUCAAACCAUUAGAAAGUCAAGAAACCACUACAAAAACUUCUAGAACGGCAGACAAUCGUUAUCGCUUUGUUUCAAGAAAACCAUUUGCGCGUACUACCACCCCUAAAAUUAGCAUAAAAGAAGCACCAGAUCAAGACAAAGAAUCCAGUAAUCAACAAUCUUUAGAAGAAAAUUUUGAAGGCAGCGACACCACUGAACUCAGCGAUAUCGCAAUCGCACUUCAAGAGAUUCAGCAAGCUCCUAUACCAAAACCCACAACAGUACGAAUCCCAUCUAAAAAAACCAAGACUACUCGAGGUCCACUUAGAUCGAAAACGAAAUUUUCCACUCCAUCGCCUCUACCGUUAACAACAAACAAAUUCAUCGUCCGUAAAGUCAGACCUCAGGCAUUUGAAAAAAUCAACCCAUCGGUUACAGUUUCCACAUACCGUCCAUUAAGCGAGUAUGAUUAUUACGAUGAUGAACAAAUGAGUAUUUUGGGUCGAAUACCAGAAAACAGUAAAGUUCUGUUACAUAGCAAUGGGGUUAUCGAGUGUCUGGAUCAAGGAAACUUUCCGCAUCCAGUUUCUUGUAAGAAGUUUAUUUAUUGUGCCAAAAUGGAAAAUGGUAAUGUACUGGGCUGGGAAUACACCUGUCCUACAAAUUUAAGUUUUGAUCCAAUCGGGGGUAUUUGUAAUUGGUCUGCAGGAUUAGGGUGUCAUGAAUCAUAGGAAAUAAAUAUGGGCAUACAAAGUCAUCCCUGCUUUAAAUGUUAAACAAAAAUAGUGCUCACAACAAAAAAAUACAAAAUAAUUCAUUGUUAAAUCAUUUCAAAUGUUAGGAAAUUCUCAGAACAACAGUAUACAGGUGCUUCAUAUACGAUUCGCAGCUACUUACAAUAUUUUAAUUACAGAUUGGAGAUUGAGAUAUUUUUUGUUCUUACUAACUAAAAAAAAAAGAUUAAGUUGUGGAUAUAAAGAAUAAGAAAUUCAGAAUGUGUUUUUUUGGAUCUUUCAGUAUUAUAAAUCUGGUAGUUUUGUGACACUAAAGCUUUCAAGAUUUCUGAAUAUGAA